CCCCCCCCCCCUUUUUUUUUUUUUUUGUUUUUCCUUUUUUCUUCUUCCUCUGCUGUCUUUUGGGGUUUUCUCCUAGCCGAUCAUCCCCUGUGGUGGGGGAGCCCCCACCUCUGCCUGGCAGUUGUCCUCUCACCCUCUGCCUCCUCUCAGGGCAUGUCCCGGUCCAACAGCAUCAGCCCCCCGGGCUUCGGCAGCCCAGCACCCUGGGCAGGCACCGAGCAGCACCGCUCAGCCUGGGGUGAAGCAGAAGCCCGGGCCAAUGGCUACUCCUACCCGCCGCCUCCCAACAGGUCCUCGGGCAAGAAGGCCUCCCGCAUGUCGAGCAGGUGGAGGAGUGAGGAAGACUACGAGCCCCAGGCAAGCCGGAGCCGCGGGGAGAGUGGCCGCAGGAUGAUGAGCUUUAGGUCCAAAUCCGCCUGGCAGGAGCACAGUGACGACAGCCAACGUCACUGGUCCCGCCACCCGCCUGGCAGUGAUUCCCCUGCUGCCCCCAACAAUGCCAGCCCACGGCAGCUUGGGGAGCAGGGGGAGGUACGGCCCCGGUCUGUGGAGCUGGGGCUGGAGGAAAAACGCAUCCAGGCCAAGAUUGAGGAGCUGGAGGACGAGGACGGGGACGAGGGGGACUCUGAGGCAGCCUUCUCCAUGGGCAGCUGUUGCAGCAGCCUGCUGCAAAUCUUCAGGUCCAAGAAGUUCCAGUCGGAGAAACUGGAGCGCCUCUAUCAGCGCUACUUCUUCCGACUCAACCAGAGCAGCCUCACCAUGCUCAUGGCCGUUUUGGUGCUGGUCUGCGUGGUCAUGCUGAUCUUCCAUGCUGUGCACGGCCACUAUGAGGUAUCCUACGUCGUGGUGCUCUCCCUGGCCAUCUUGCUGAUGGUGGUGCUGUGCAUGGUGUGCAACCGCAACGACUUCCACCAGGAUCAUAUGUGGUUGGCAUGCUACUCUGUCAUCCUGGUGAUCCUGGCAGUGCAAGUGGUAGGGGUUCUGCUGGUGUGGCCCAGGAGUGCCUCAGAGGGCAUCUGGUGGACCGUCUUCUUUAUCUACAGCAUCUACACGCUGCUGCCGGUGCGGAUGAGGGCUGCGGUCAUCAGUGGGGUGGUGCUCUCCGCCAUCCACCUGGCUGUCUCCCUCAAGAUCAACGCAGAGGAUAAGUUCCUCCUGAAGCAGAAACAAACUUACCCAGCUGGCCCACAAACCUGUACAGACGCGGGAGAAGAAUUUAGAGCGUAUGGGGUGCGGAUGCUUGACUGGAGUCAUCUGGUCUCCAAUGUUCUCAUCUUCUCCUGUACAAACAUUGUAGGCGUGUGUACCCACUACCCAGCAGAGGUGUCCCAAAGACAAGCUUUCCAGGAGACCAGGGAAUGCAUACAAGCCAGGCUGCAUUCUCAGAGGGAAAACCAGCAGCAGGAGCGUCUCCUGCUCUCUGUACUUCCUCGACAUGUUGCCAUGGAGAUGAAAGCUGACAUUAAUGCCAAACAGGAAGAUAUGAUGUUUCAUAAGAUCUACAUCCAGAAGCAUGACAAUGUCAGCAUCCUCUUUGCAGACAUAGAGGGUUUCACAAGUCUGGCCUCCCAGUGCACUGCUCAGGAGCUGGUCAUGACGCUGAACGAGCUCUUUGCCAGAUUUGAUAAGCUAGCAGCUGACAACCACUGUUUACGUAUCAAGAUCUUGGGCGAUUGCUAUUACUGUGUGUCUGGGUUGCCAGAAGCAAGAGCUGACCAUGCACACUGCUGUGUUGAAAUGGGAAUGGAUAUGAUAGAGGCCAUCUCAUUAGUCCGGGAGGUAACGGGAGUAAAUGUCAACAUGAGGGUUGGAAUCCACAGCGGGAGAGUUCACUGCGGGGUCUUGGGCCUUAGGAAGUGGCAGUUCGAUGUGUGGUCCAACGACGUUACAUUAGCCAACCACAUGGAAGCAGGGGGCAAAGCUGGGCGCAUACACAUAACAAAGGCAACCCUGAACUAUCUCAAUGGAGACUAUGAGGUGGAGCUGGGCUUUGGAGGGGAACGCAAUGCUUACCUGAAGGAGCACAGCAUUGAGACCUUCUUGAUUGUACGGUGCAGCCAGAAACGGAAAGACGAGAAAGCCACAAUAGCCAAGAUGAGCCGCCAGCGUGCUAAUUCCAUCGGCCAUAACCCAUCGCACUGGGGUGUCGACCGUCCCUUUUAUAACCAUCUUGGUGGUCACCAGGUCUCCAAGGAGAUGAAGAGAAUGGGUUUUGAGGACCCCAAGGACAAGAAUACACAGGAAAGCAUGAACCCAGAAGAUGAAGUGGAUGAGUUUCUGGGCCGUGCCAUCGAUGCCAGAAGUAUUGAUCGGUUACGCUCUGAGCAUGUGCGCAAGUUCCUCUUAACAUUCAGGGAGCCUGACUUGGAGAAAAAGUACUCCAAGCAGGUGGAUGACAGGUUCGGAGCCUACGUGGCUUGUGCCUCCCUAGUCUUCCUCUUCAUCUGCUUUGUUCAAAUCAUAAUUGUGCCACACUCUACAUUUAUGCUGGCUUUUUACCUGACCUGUUUCCUGAUCCUGACCACAGUGGUGUUUGUUUCGGUCAUUUACUCCUGUGUAAAGCUUUUCCCACCUCCACUCCAGACUCUUUCUAAGAAGAUUGUUCAGUCCAGGACCAAUAGUACCUUAGUUGGAGUCUUUGCCAUUAUCCUGGUUUUUCUGUCUGCCUUUGUCAACAUGUUCAUGUGCAGCACUGUGAAUCUUGCCAGCUGCAUGGCUGCAGAAUACAACAUCACUCCUGACCGGGUGGACAUAUGCCUUAUCAGCAACCUGACUUCCAACUACAGCCUGGGCACCUUGCAGGGAUUCUGUGACAGUCCUUUGCCCAACUGCAACUUUCCAGAGUACUUUACCUACAGUGUCUUAUUGAGUCUCCUGGCCUGCUCUGUGUUCCUUCAGAUCAGCUGUAUUGGAAAACUGAUCCUUAUGUUAAUCAUUGAAUUUAUAUAUGUUCUCAUUGUGGAAGUGCCAGGGGUCAACCUUUUUGACAAUGCAGAUCUCCUGGUUACAGCUAACACCUACAUGUCUGCAAAUGCGACGUUACCAUGCUCUCCAGCGAUGACAAGAGUCGCGCUGAAGAUUGUGACCCCUGUCAUCAUCACCGUCUUUGUCCUGGCGCUGUACUUGCAUGCCCAGCAAGUGGAAUCCACUGCAAGGCUUGAUUUCCUCUGGAAACUCCAGGCCACUGAAGAGAAAGAAGAAAUGGAGGAGCUGCAGGCCUAUAACAGACGCCUCCUCCACAACAUUUUACCAAAGGACGUGGCAGCCCAUUUCUUGGCUCAGGAGCGGCGAAAUGAUGAACUCUACUACCAGUCCUGUGAGUGCGUGGCUGUCAUGUUCGCCUCCAUAAGCAACUUCUCAGAGUUUUACGUGGAGCUGGAGGCCAACAACGAAGGGGUGGAGUGUCUGAGACUGCUCAACGAGAUCAUUGCUGAUUUUGAUGAAAUAAUAAGUGAAGACCAAUUUCGGCAGCUGGAGAAGAUCAAGACCAUUGGCAGCACGUAUAUGGCUGCGUCAGGCCUCAAUGAUUCCACUUACGACAAGGAAGGGAAGACACAUAUCAAAGCUCUGGCUGAUUUUGCCAUGAGGUUAAUGGACCAAAUGAAACACAUUAAUGAACAUUCAUUCAACAACUUCCAGAUGAAGAUAGGCCUCAAUAUCGGUCCCGUUGUAGCUGGGGUGAUAGGAGCACGCAAACCCCAGUAUGACAUAUGGGGCAACACGGUGAAUGUAGCCAGCCGGAUGGACAGCACAGGGGUGCCCGACCGCAUUCAGGUAACCACAGACAUGUACCAGGUUUUAGCAGCCAACAACUAUAAGCUGGAAUAUCGAGGCAUCAUUAAGGUCAAAGGCAAAGGAGAAAUGACCACCUACUUUCUAAAUGAAGGGCCCCCGAUCAGUUAGCACCAACCGCAGCGUCACUCAGAGAUGGAGUUUGCGUUACACGAUUGUGAAUCUGGGAAGAAUCACAUUUUGGCGGUGAAGCUGAACAUGCAGCACAGCUGAAACUUCACAGCGUGACUCUAGAGCUGGUAUCAGCAAACUCUUUGGCCAACCAUCAUGAAAGGCAAUCGAAAGAAUCCACCUCGGAGUUGUUCCUGGCUGAGUGCUAAAUCGACCAAAGAUGUGUACUACAGAGUCCACAGAAAAGACAUGAAUUUGGGAUUUAUAAAAAAAGGCUGCUACCACAGGAUGAUAUAAGAAGCUAUUUAAGUAUUUAUUGACGCAACACAACAUUUACUUGGUUGAAGGAAUGUAUGAUUCACUACAAAGCAUCAUUUUGGAAUGGAUUUGCACUCCCAUAAUGUUUCCAUCCCAUACUGCCAGCUAUUUGAAGUGUGCCACUGUGUUUUUAUUAGCUUUUUUGAAUGGGCUUUCAAACUUGACACCCACUGUUGCAGCACACGAAAAGGCCUUUUCUGAGGGUAUUGAUAACGUUUCAGCGUGAAAGGACAUUCUAGGCCUGGCCCCCUCUUUUCCCUUCUUCUGCGUGGCUGAAUGACUGCUGUGCUGAGUGGGGCUGCCACAUCUGCUGACGGGGAAGAUCAGCUGAAAGGAAGAUGGCUCUACAACCCUAUUUAUUAAGAAGUCUUCUGUGCUCUCCUUUGGUAUAUAUCAGUUUACAUAGGAAAGACUCGAUGUAAACAAGAGACACUUUGUGGGGGGAACUCCCCUGAAAUUUGUCGUGUUUUGGUUUAUUUUUUACUUUGUAAUAUUGAAAACAUGGAGAUCUAACAGAUAUACCAAAUUCUAUAUUUUGUAAAUUAUAUAUAAAUGAGGUGGCAGGCUGUCCACACCAAGGUGUGGUGGGAGUUGUAAAUAACCUGUAGACUUCUGUGUAAUUUUUUUUGUGCAUAAUACUCUGAACACAGACUUGGCAGUUUUCAGAUUAUCAUUAUACAAUCAACCGACAACAAACAGGUGAGUUUCCAGGCUGAAUCAGAUGCAUUUAAAAAUGAAAAUCCAGAAAACCUCCAACCCCAAAGAAGAGGAAAAAACAAACCGCGGUAGUCCCGCGGUUGCUCCAUGCAGCAUUCAAGCAGAGGGUGGCGGCUUAACAAAUGGAAACGGGACCUUUGAGGUUUAGCUACUGAGACGGUAUCAGUUGAACAUGUUAGAAUGUGCUUUAAGCAAAUCUAACUGUAAGAGGAGCUCUUAUAAGAAGAGGGGAAAAAAAACAAACUCAUUUGAACUUUUCUCUGAAACAAUGAUUUUUCAUAGAUGGUGUUAAUAGAAUCCUGCUGGUAUGAGAGGUGUCUGAUACUGCACUGCCAUUUGACAUUACAAGGAACCAUGUACUGCAGCAUCAAGUUGACUUGCCUGUAGUUGGCACUUACAUAAACUGUCUCAGAUUUUCAAUUUUCAGGAAUUAGCUGAUCUUCAAAAAAAAAAAACUUACUUAUGAUGGCAAAUGUGGAUCUUAGGUGGUCGACCGUAAACUUCAGUGCCAUUGACGUUGUGUUCGACAUCUUUAUCACUAGUGGGGGGUUUAUGAAUGGUUCACUGUUAUCAUUUAUGUACCUUUUUUAACUAUUAAAGAAAAAUCCCUCAAUAUUUUAUUAAAGAAAAAUAGAAUUUUAAAAAAAGCUAUAUUUUUUAUAUUCUAUGAGGGAAGAGUUUUGAUAUUGAAUUUGGCUAGCACUAAAAAUGACUCCACUCUUGACAUUUAAUAAAGUUCUUUUCACUCUUCUCAGGGCAGAAUUAUUGUAGUAUUAACAGCUUAAUGAUUGCACUAUGGCGGUGGUGAGUUAUUUUUUCCUGCUCAACAACGAGAAUAAGUGAUAAUCCAUGGGCCUGUCUUAAUUAAUUUGCCUUAUUGCUAAGCAUAACCCAAGCAUUAAGCCAUUUAAACGUGAGCUUAAAUGGCAUCGCCCCUUUCCUUCCUCCUUCCACUAGGAAACAUCUCUGAAAAGUAUAGUAUAUUGACUUCUGUAAAACUGCCAAGUCUGCCCUUGUACUAUACUUUUGCUCCUCUACAUCUUUCCUGAUUUGCAAAGUAUUUAAGUUGCAUCACACUGUUGCACCUUUCUCCCCCUCCUCCACCUUCCAUCCAUUUUACCCCUUCACCAAGUUUCAUUACCUCCAUGCCAUCCACUCGGUUUUUUGGGUUUGCUUUCUGCUUUAUGAAAGUCUGCAGUCUUCUUAACUUUUGAUUCAUCUUAUGAAGUUGUGUUGUUAAUGAAAUUUCAAGUCCCCAGUAUCUCUAGCUGUGAUUGUUGACAGUGUGUCAUGAUCAUUUCAAGGGGUAUUCACACACUCUACUCUGGAUCUUGCAAAAAUGGAUACAGUUAUGAUUUCCCAUGGAAAUUGAAAUCUAUUUAAGUAAUUUAACUAUAUUAAACACUGUUUCACUGGUAAA